UCAGCUGUCCUAAAAAGCGUAAACAUUAUUUGUUGCUUAUUUUUAAAUACUAAAUUUAACGUUAAAAACCUUAAAAUUAAUUGUUUAAAAGUGUGCAAUGGAUAAUUUGGAGUCUAGUGAUAUGAAAAACACCAACAAAGUGAUGGAAAACAAGCAAAUAGAACGUGAAAUUAACAAAAACACCGGCAGCGCAACAGAAGAAGAAGAAGAAAAAGAAGCGGUUGUCUCCAAUAAGAAAAAGAAGGUGGAGGAGGAGAAAGAGAAGGCGGAAGACAGCGCCAGCGAGAAAGAGACAGCGAAACAACAAAAGUGCCAGGACAAAAACACCUGUAGCUGCCCCCAACUGGAGGCGGAGCCGAUCAAGGACCACCGACAGCUGCUGGAGUUCCGGGUGCGAAGCAAGGACAUCGACUGGCGGCAAUAUGUCCAGCCCCUGGACACCGGAAUCCGAUCGGCAGCCGUUUAUUUGGACCGCCAGGUGGACUACGUGGGCAGCCAAAGGCGACUGGUGAACGAGGAUAAUCGCAGGGAGCUGCUCGUCUGCCACGACAUGAUGGGCAAUUACCUCGAGGAUCGGCACUUUCACAGCUCGGAAAAGUACGACGACUAUCGAUUCGUGCACUGGUCAGCCGUGGAUUACUUCUGUUACUUCAGCCACGACUACGUGACCAUUCCGCCCAGCGGUUGGCUGAACGCCGCCCAUCGUCACGGCGUUCCGGUGGUGGGCACGUUCAUCGUGGAGGCCGCUGGACUCCUGGACGACUUCCUGGCCAGCGAGGAGAGCGUUGGCAGGACCGUGGAGGCCCUAACCCGCCUCUGCGGGCACUUUGGCUUCGAGGGAUGGCUGGUCAACGUGGAGGUCACCGUUCCCCCGCCCAAAAUGCCCCAUCUCUACCGCUUUGUGCGGGAACUGACCGCCGCCACGGAGUCGCGCGUGCCCCACGGACGCGUCUUUUGGUACGACAGCGUCACGGACGAGGGCAAACUCCGCUGGCAGAAUGAGCUCAACUCCCGCAAUGUGGAGUUCUUCCGGCGCAGCCAUGGAACCCUGAUAAACUACGCCUGGGACGAGGGUCACCUGGAGCGGAGUGCUGAGCAGGCCAAAAGGGAGCAGUCGCCCCGGCAUCGCGUCUUCAUGGGACUGGAUGUCUUCGGGCGGAGUCGCAAGGGCGGCUUCCAGAGUCUGGAGACCAUGAAGCUUGUAGCGGACAACGGCUUCUCGGCCGGCAUCUUUGCUCCUGGCUGGACCUUCGAGACGCUCAGUCGCUUCGGGUACAGUAUCAAAAGCCCACUUGGCGAUGACCAGACGAAUUCGGCCUUCCUGGCCAGAAACGAGGCUUGGUGGUCGCGCAUCUGGCCCACUCUGGCCACGCAUCCCUACUGCCGGCUGCCCUUCUUCACGGACUUUUGCGUGGGCUCCGGACGAGCGAACUACGAGCGGGGAUCCAGGACUUCUGGCGAGGAUGCGGGGGCCUUCUUCAAUCUGACGCGCCAGUCGCUGCAGCCUUCGGUGCCGCUGGACAGGAAUGCAGUGCAUCACUUCGACGAGGCCUUCUCCGGCGGCUCCUGCCUGCUGGUGACCAACUACGAGCGGGCCUUUCGUCUUUUCCUCACGGACUUCGAGUUGCCCCUUGGCGUUUUGCUCCUGAGCUAUGCCUAUAAAAUCAAUGGCGCGAAUGUGGCCGCCAGCAACGUGGAUUUGGUAGUGCGAGUGACUGCGCUGAAUCGGAACGAUUCGGAGCUCUAUCUAUUUUGCGGGGACUACCGUGGGGACAUUGUGGCUCCGCAACGCUGCUAUCUCUCGCCCCUCGAAAAUCGCCUGCCCCGCGUCCAUGCCAAAAUGACGCAGGAUAGCAAAUCACGGGCGGCUGGCUGGCAGGUGCGUUACUAUCUGGUCAAGUUCGAUGGACCCGUGCGAGUGCAGGAUAUUGGGAUCAAGUGCCAGCGGCCGGCGGAAUCGCAGACGGAGACUCAGUUGGGCGCUGUUUAUGUUGGGGCUCCGCCGCUGGAGAAUUUAAGCGACACACGGAUAGAUAUCCCAGUCUACGGCAGGAACUUGUGGAAUGAACCGAGUGCUUAAAUAAACCAUUUCCCUUUUUUUUUUAAUAAUUUACAAGCUGUGUUCAAAUACAUAUACCAAUAAUAACACCUCAAAAACGAGUUUUUCUUCUGUAUUCCCAAUUGUUAAGAACAAAAUUUUAAAAACGUUA